GGAGAAUAGACAGAUCCAGAGCGGCUCAACUGCAGGAGGAGCUAAUAGAAAUAGUAAUCAGGAAUAAGAGGGAGGGGGAAACAUCGCAGUGCAGAAUCAAGCGGAGAGUUUCUGGCAUGGAUCACACUCCACGGACACUUUGAUCAACGGCUGGGGCACAUGUUAUUCUCAGGGGGGAAAUACAGUCUAAAAAGUAGAGAUGUUUGUUGCACAAUGGCUCGCUGCAUGCGUCCUGGCUUCCAGUGCGAUCGCCCAGGGCUUUAAAGUGACAGAGCAGAAUGGACAUGAGUUUUUAGAGAAUAUUUUACACUAUUAUGGUGAAAAUAAAUCAAUUACUACAGAGAAGUUUGAAGAUCUGCUGCUUUUGAUCUCAGCCAGACGAUCGGAAUCAAUAAUUGAAGCAAAUCCACUGGAGGACAAAGAGUGUCCCUCAGCGGAUCAGAUUUUGUCGCACUUUGGCCUCGGUAACGUGACUGAGCUGACUGUGGGACAUCUGGGGAGGAUCUGCCCUGCUGUGUUGACUCAGGUGCUGCUGCCCUCCUGCCCCUACAUCAACCCAAUAACUGUGCCUGCUGUCGACUACUCUGUGUGGGGCUAUGGGUUUCUGGCUGUCACCAUAAUCAACCUGGCGUCUCUUCUCGGCCUGCUGCUGAUCCCCUUCACCAAGAAGUCAUAUUUCCCCAAAGUGCUGACUUACUUUAUCGGCCUGGCCAUCGGGACUCUCUUCUCCAACGCCGUACUUCAGCUCAUACCAGAGGCUCUGGGUUUUGAUCCCAAAGAAGACAACUAUGUGGCAAAAGCAGUUGGCAUAUUUGGAGGAUUUUACCUUUUAUUUUUCGUGGAAAAGAUACUGAAAAUAGUUCUCAGGAUUGACCAUGAGCACGGCCACAGCCACUUCAUUCCUGCAGACCCUCAUCAGGAAAACAGCGUCCAGAAUGGAGAUGCUUGGGAGAAAAAGGACUCUGUGGUUUUGACCAGCAUCGCCACUGUUGCUGUAAAUGACAGCAGCCUGGCCAUUGAGACCUCUCAUACAAAUGUGGCACCCUCUCAGGACACCCAGGGGUCUGAUGUGAUGUGCCACUGGCUGCGUGGGAAGCGCAUCACCAGUAUCAAGACUGUGGCCUGGAUGAUAUCACUGAGUGACGCUGUGCACAACUUCAUUGACGGUCUGGCCAUUGGGGCUUCGUUCACUGUUUCCAUUCUGACAGGCUUCAGUACCUCCACCGCCAUCGUCUGUGAGGAGUUUCCCCAUGAGCUGGGUGACUUUGUUAUCCUGCUGAAUGCUGGAAUGAGCAUCCCGCAGGCCAUUUUCUUCAACCUGCUGUCAGCAAUGUCGUGUUAUGUCGGCCUUGUGUUUGGAAUCCUGCUUGGAAGCAGCUUUGCCCCAAAUGCUAUCUUUGCCAUCGCGGGAGGAAUGUUCCUGUAUAUUGCACUAGCAGACAUGUUUCCAGAAAUGGACAGUAUAGUGAGGGAUCAACGGAAAACUUCUAGCAAGAUCAUCUUCUUUCUGAUCCAGGAUGCUGGGCUGCUUACCGGCUUCACCAUCAUCCUACUGAUUACAUUGUACGCAAAGGACAUAAACCUUGGAUAGAAAGGAAAAGAAAUGCUCAUCUGUUGCCUUUGUUUCUGCUCACACAGGCUGGGCUGAAGAUGAAUGUAAAGAAAAUGUUUUGUACAAAACCAAUUAUUAUAUGGGACAAAAAAAAGUAGGCUUUUAUAUUUUGGACUAUCAAUUUAGUGAAAUGUUUACUCAACAAGAAGGGCAUUUUUAUGCAAUCAACAUGUAUAAAAUCACUGACAUCUUAAAGGAACAAUAAAUUAUUUUUAGUCUUCAAA